AUGUUCUUUACAGUUCUUAUAGUUUUUCUGUUCAUCGAUUAUUCUUUCGAACAGAAGUGUAAUAACCGCGAACGAACACAUACGUGGAAUGCUGAACAACGAUUAAUAUGUGAUUUACUUGAUAAUUAUCAAGUUAAAUGGGGUCGGCCGGUAAGAAAUAUGACCGAAGAUGUUGAAGUACGAUUUGGUUUACAACUCAUCCAUAUAAGUGAUCUAGAUGAAAAAAAUCAAGUACUAAUUACAAAUCAAUGGCAGAAUUAUGAAUGGGAUGACGAAGCAUUGACAUGGGAUCCCGAAGAUUAUGAUAAUCUUAUGGAUAUACGUUUACCUAUAAAACGCAUUUGGCAGCCAGAUGUGACAUUAUAUAACUAUGCCGAUACACGUCUUGAAGAAAAACGUGAAGUGCUAGCGACUGUUUAUCAUAAUGGAACUGUAUUCUGGAAGCCAAUGUCAAUUUUUAAAUCUACGUGCCAAAUUGAUAUUCGACGCUUUCCAUACGAUCGUCAAAAUUGUUCGAUGAAAUUUGGCUCGUGGACAUAUGAUAGUUCGAAAGUAAACUUAAGAUUCUAUCGUGAUAUAGAAAAAUUCGAUCUUAAUGCGUAUGUUAAAUCAAAUGAAUGGUCCAUUAUUGGUAAUUAUGCUAAUCGUAAUGUAGAAAGAUAUGAUUGUUGUCCAGAAAUUUAUGUUGAUUUAAAAUUUCAUAUUCAACUGGAACGACGUGGUGGAUUUUAUAAUUAUAUUUUAAUUUUGCCGUGCGUGCUUUUAUCAUGUCUUACUUGCAUUCUGUUUUGGUUACCACCGGAAAGCCCAUCAAAGUUGGUUCUUGGCAUGAACAUCUUUACAUCAUUUUUUGUGUUGUUACUUCUUUUAUACAAAAAUAUGCCUUCGAAUGCAGAGCAUAUUCCACGUAUAGGUGCUUAUUAUUGUUUAAAUAUGGGAAUGAUUGCUACAUCAACAUUUCUAUGUACAAUAGUCGUUCACAUCUAUUUUCGUGGUGCUGGACCAAUGCCAGCAGUCUUAAGAAAAGUUUUUCUUGAAUGGCUCGCUCGAUUUUUUCAUAUGGUACCGCAUACAAAUGCGUAUCAACAACAUGCCGUGAAUGGAUUAAUGGCUCCGAUAAAAGCAACAUGUGAUGGAGAUAAAUUUGAAAAAUUCGAACUAUUAAAAGAACGUUUUAAAUCAUUUGGCGAUAAACGUACAAUGCCAGGCGCCAAUGAUGAAUCUGCUGAAGUGUUAGAAAUGAUGAAUGAUCAUAGCUAUCAUCAACAUCCUCAUCAAUUCCAACAGAAUCAAGAAAGUUCGUUAACACAACAAAUUCAACAACAAAUAUCAGCAUCAAUUACAUUUAUGACUGUUGAAACCGAUCUAAAAGAAAUACGAGAUUUUCUACGUACAACAAGAAAACGUAUGGAAAAUAAAGAAGCUAAAACGAAAACAGUCAACGAUUGGAAACAAGUUGCACUUGUCUUGGAUCGAACAUUCUUUUUUAUCUAUCUUACAGCUAUUAUUAUUUCCCUUGCCGUUAUGUUUCCGCGAUAA